AUGCAUUUCAAAUCGCUGGCAGCCUACCCAACCUGGGCCGCCGUAGCCACUGCAAGUAUUUGCCCAAUCCUGGGCCCCGUGUUUCCUCCCCCUCGCGAGCUUCAUUCAUCUGCAGCCUUUCAAGAGACACUGGAACUCCUCGAAUCCACCAUCCACGAAGCCUUCGAAAGCGGAAACACUACGCAUGGACCAGUCAACCCGUAUGAUACCUAUUCUAUUCAGAUCUUCUCCACUACAACUGGAGAGCCACUCCUAGACUAUCAUCGACGUGGACCCGCCGUGCUCGGCGAUAGGCCAAUUGACGGUGACUCUGUGUACCGAAUUGGUAGCACGUCCAAGCUGAUCACCGUCUAUCUGCUUCUGAUUGAGGCAGGAGACUCGAUAUUCAGUGAGAAACUGACCAAGUUCCUACCGGAGUUUGAAGGUGCAUCGCAUUGGGAUGAUAUUACCAUUGGAUCACUAGCCGGAUAUAUUGCAGGUAUAACCGCCGAGUUGUUUGACACCACCUCUAUACCCGGGGGCGAUUUGAGCCAGCUGCUGCCGGGCGUUUUCCCGCCAUUGUCCGCCAAUGAAACAUCUAGAUGCAGCUACGGUUCCGGCGGAUGUACUCGAGACGCAUUCAUCCAGGAGCUGAUUGAGAGGCGACCAGUGUACCUACCGAACACCACUCCAGGAUACACCAAUGCUGCCUUCGCUGCGCUUGGGCUGGUGCUAGAAGAGUUGACUGGGUCUACAUUUGACGAGGCUCUUCGGAACCUGCUCACUGGGCCCUUGGGGCUCGGCAGUACCACAAUUUCAGCACCGAAUUCAACCAAUGCAGUCAUCCCUGGUAAUGCGACUACCUCAGGCUGGGAUCUCGACAUUAUGAAAACUCCUGGCGCAGCCAUGGGCGGUUUGUACAGCACUCCUAACGACCUUUCUGCAAUUGGUCGCGCCAUUCUCUCGUCUUCACUUCUGCCAGGGUCUACGACGCGAGCAUGGAUGAAGCCGACUUCAUUCACCUCUUCGCUGAUCGGCGCUAUCGGACGACCUUGGGAGAUCUAUCGCGCGGUGACAAACGCGGAGAAUAAUCGUGUGAUCGACCUCUACACCAAGGGCGGAAAUCUUCCUGGGUACGGGUCGAGUCUAAAUCUGAUACCAGAUUUUAACGUGGGAAUUACUGUCAUGAUGGCAGGUGAAGAUGGGUCCACUGUCGGAAAUGUUAUUCUUGGUGUGAUUACUGAUGCAUUGCUGCCGGCUUUAGACGAGGCAGCGAGGGCGGAGGCGGACGCUGCGUUCGCUGGAACAUACACAGCAAGUAACGGGCUCAACUCCACUGUCACACUGUCUACAACGCCUGGAAUUCCCGGACUUGGCAUCGAGAAGUAUAUCAGUAACGGCACUGAUCUAAGACCACUGCUAGCUGCAGAUUGGUUCCAGAUGUUCCCAACGAACAUCGUCAGCGAGGAUAGCAAACAGAUUUCGUGGAGGUCAUCUUCUUUUUCCCUCCCGGACACAGGAUCACCAUUCGAUGCUUGCCCUUCCUGGGGCGUUAUAGAUCGACCUGUCUAUGGAGUUUUUGCUCUUGAUGAGUUCAUUUUCCAUUUGGGCGACGAUGGGAAAGCAUUGGGCCUUGAGCCGAAGGCGCUGAAGAUCGUGUUGGAGAGAGACUGA